UCUCUCUCUCUCUCUCUCUCUCUCUCUCUCUCUCUCUCUCUCUCUCUCUCUCUCUCUCUCUGUCGAUCCAUCUCUUUAUCUGUCCUCCUGACUGCAGUCUGCAUACAGUGCUGGGGCUGCUGCUGCUGCUGCGAGACACGAGUAAGUGGGAGGAACAGCUUCCUCGGUUCUGCCUCAAAAAAUGACAAGACAUCUUCCCGGAGCUGCGGCUGCAGGGGUGAAUUUGGCUUUCAGUCUUCUGCAUUGUACAAUCUUUCCCUCUGACAGAUAAAUAAGACUAAAGAGGGAGCACAAGAAGACAAGUAAAAGACGCAAGAAAAAUAAUCCACCGUGGAGGCAAGGAGGAGAAGGAGGAGGGGGGCUGAGGAGGAGGAAGCCAGAGGUUCUACACACAAGAUGGCUGCUGUGUCCUCUGCCUCUGACACUGGGGAUCUCAGAGGUCGCCACCCCCCAGAGCGCAGACUGCUGCUCUUAGGGGGGCCACAGUCUGGUAAGACAUCCACUGCCAACACCAUUCUGGGGGAUCAGAUCUUUGAAGUUGGGACAGAGACUACACAUAGCAACGUGGGCCAGACAGAGAUCUAUGGCCGACGGGUCACUGUGGUUGACACUCCACCGUGGGCAAUCCUCACUGAUCCUGGGGAAGACAACGAAGUUGACAACAAUGACAAUGCUGCUGUCGAGUCUGACAGCCCACCCCGACCUCCUCCAAGCCUGGACAGUGAGGGGCCUUGCAUGGGGGCCAUACUCUGCCCUCCUGGACCCCACACUAUCCUACUGGUGGUGUCAGUCACUCAACCCUUUACUGACAACCAAAGGAGAGCUGCAGAGGAGCAGCUGGGGGCCCUGGGUGGAGGGACAUGGAGGUAUUCCAUGGUCCUCUUUACUGGGGUGGACAAACUGCCCCAAGGUGUCUUUAUUGAGGAGCACAUAGCAAACACUGGAGAGGCCCUGCAGUGGUUGGUGGAGAGAUGUGGAAGCAGGUACCACGCCUUUGACAACAUUCAGAAAGAUACUGAAGAAAACACACAGGUACCCGAGCUGAUGGAAAAGGUGGAGGAAAUGAUCACUGAUAACCAAGGCUGGUACUUUGAGGUGAAUGAGUUGAUUUUACUGGAGGAAGAACAGGCCAGGAGAGCUCUGGAGGAAGAGAGGAUGAGGAUGGAGGAGCACGCUAGACAGAGGGACCAGAUGAUUGGAGGACCUCCUAGGGAAUUGAGGUUGCUGUUGUUGGGUUGGAAGGGCGUUGGAAAGAGCUCGGUGGGGAACUCCAUCCUAGGCCGUCGGUACUUUGAGUCAGGACAGGAGACAGAGUUGUGCCUUAGAAGGCAGGCACUUGUGUCUGGACGUCGGAUCACUAUUGUGGACACCCCAGGCUGGGACUGGUUCUCAGUGAGGCGAACCCCGAAGCGCAUCCGUCAGGAGUCCCAGCGUGGGGCUGCCCUCCUUCGACCUGGACCCCACACAUUGCUGCUAGUCCUGCCGGUUGUUUCAUCUCUCACUGCCAGGAAAAGACGAACACUCCUGGCACACAUAGAGACUCUGUUUGGUGACAGCGCAUGCCUCCAUACUAUGGUUCUGUUCAGCUGUGGGGACUGGUUGGGACGUACACCCAUUGAAGAACACAUCCUUAGAGGAGGGCGGGAGCUGCAAAGACUGCUGGAGUACUGUGGGAACUACUACCACGUUCUGGACAGUAAGACACCUGGCAAGGACAGGAGUGUGUCUGUCCUACUGGAUAAGAUAGAGGAGAUGAUCCGGGAGAAUGGUGACAAGGCCUUCCUUCCCAUACAAACCGAGUGGUUGAGCGAGGAGAGCUCUUACUCUUCCGAUAAUACCGAACCUGAGGACGACUGUCGAGGAUGCCAGCUACAGUAACUGCACUUGAAGCUGUCUGGUUUUUGCUCCUUGUUCUAAGUUAUAAGUAGGGUCAAACAUCAUCUCAUGUAACUUAAACCUCAUCAAAGUAUCCCUCUGUAACUCUAAGGAGUUUCUGAGAAAACAAGAGGUUUAGGACAGGAGUCUUAUGAGUAGCCCUCUGUUAGAAAUGAAAAGACCAAAGUCACUGUUCACAGCCUCAAACUGAGGAGAGGGAGGAAUGUUCUGUUUCAAGUGACAAAAGUUCAGUCCCUGUUGAACCAAUGAACAUGUCCAUGGAAAAUGUCUGCUGCUUAGGAGACCAGGUUUUAACAUUAUUGUAAAUCACUGUUCAGUCUGCACUGAUAAGCUUUGUAUUACAACUACAAUCAAAACCAAAAACUUAAAUGCUUAAAAAAAGCAACACUGUAAUGACCAGUCAGAUCUGAAGAUUUGGUCUUGUCUGCAGCAAGUCCAUCACUCAUGAUUAUUGAAAGAGUAAGAGGAAUCUGUCUGUGUAUAUCCUUUUAUACAAUAUGGCCAUCCCCUUCUGCACCAGGUGCCAUUGCUGGCAUUCAGUUUGAAUCAAUUACAAGCAUAAGAGCUGUUUUGAGUUUGGCUGUAAUUUGUUCCUUUGGUCCCCCUGUGCAACAAAAAUUCAUUGAAUCCAUCUAAAGCAGUAAAUAGGUAUUUUCAGUGCUGUAGUAUUAAUGCUCAAGAAGAGCUCUAAAAACUGUUUGAAAAAGCUGUAUUGUACUAAUAUUCAGUCUUAAAUCUUUGUGGAGCAGCUUGGGCUGGCUCUGCUUUGUUGUUUAUGGUCAUGCUUAAAGCGCAUAUAUCGAACAGUUCAAUUCAGCUACGUGCCUCAGCAUCAAAGUUUGAGAGUGGGGGUGUAGCCCUGCAGUACCAGGACCGUAUCCUAUAUUCUACAUUAAGCUUUAGCAUGGUAGAGAAACAACAUGACCUCGCGAACCAUUCAAGUUCAAAUUUAUCUUUUCCUUCCUGUCAACUUUUUCUACAUGGCUCAGACAUCAGUUCCUGUCACAAGUUGAGAUUUUUUUUUUAAAGUAUUGUAUAACUAUAUAUUCAGCUGUCAGAGGCAUGUAAAGACGCAGCAUGCAUAUAAAUGAGUGCCUGUUGGGCUGAAGGCAACCUCACUUAUUCCUCUGACUCUUGCUUGAAUAAAAAUUCAGUAUAAAUCUAUGUGAAUUUCUGGGAUGACAUCACAUUGCUCUAUCUUCACACCUGCAAAAAUAAAAGAAAGAAAAAGAAAAUUCACACUCUGAAAUGUACAAAUAAAAGCAUAUAUAAGGUUCAAAGUUAUCUUUACUGUCCCACUAGGGGAAAUUUGGUCUGUAGCGAGAGUUCACAUAUUAUACAUGUAUGUGACCAUUACCACUGCCAUGCUCUAACGUUUUUUUUUUCUACAAAUGAUGUAGUGUAUUAAAGAAGUUCUGACAUCA